AAAUGCGCAGUCUAUAUAUUACACGCAUAGAGCUAUUACAGAUAGAGGGAGGGAGUCAACGAAGGACGCGAUAUAGCCGUAGAAAGAGAACGCUGCAAUAGAGGCCGGUGUGUCAUUGUCUCAUAGCGCAUGCGUAUUAGGUACUGCGUGCGCCUAACUGCACUAGUUCAGAGUGCAUCUCUCUCUUUCUACAUGCUUUUAUAAGAAAGAAAGAGACACACUCUGCCUACAAGCGCACACGUUACGCGCAUGCGCGUGACUGUUAGACAGUGACACACCGGCCUCUAUUGCAACGUUCUCUUUUUAUCCCACUAUCGCAUGCGCUUACACGUCGUCCCAUACCUACUUCCCUCUAUCUGUAAUAGCUCUAUGGUUUGUGCAAAAGGUGUCAAGGUAUGCUGUUAUUCGCCGGCUCGGAUGUAUGAAAACAAUAAUGGCGUAUUCCGUGAACAUCUCCGUGGAGGCGCCGAUUGAGAAUCAGAUACAGGAGAUCACUUACGAUGGCCAGGAAAUUUACCAAGCGCCUCUCACGCUGUCGGAGAACUUGGCGAAAAUCGCUCAGAAAAUCGACUUCAGUAAAACUAAUGGCGAGGAGGUGAAGAAGGAGCAGUUGGAGGGUAACGAGAAGAGCGAGGAGGACACGAAGGACACCGCUUUGUUUCAAUCCUCCUUGUGGCCGUGGGACAGCGUUAGGAAUAAAUUAAGGAAUGCCCUGACGGAGGUUUGCGUGUUGGCCGAUGUACUCGCGAUAGCGAAGGAGAAGAACUACAUGGUGUUAGAUCCAGUGCCUCAGGAUUCGGCCGACGUAAAACCCAUGAUACAGGUGUACGCUCGGAAGAAGGCGCUGGCGGGCGCGGCGUCGGUUCUCACGAUGGGCGCCGAGAGGCUGCGAAAUUGCCAGGCCGAAUUAGCCAGGACCAGGUCCACACCUGACUUCCACAUCGAGCUGUUGAGAUUGCGGCAGAACUGGCGUCUGAAGAAGGUGUCCAACUCCAUCAUUGGCGAUCUCAGCUAUCGAACUGCCGGCUCCAAGUACACGCAGACGGGCAUGUUUGAAGUUACCAAAGCCGAAGAGGAGGAGAAAAGUAACAGCAGUCCACCGGCGUCUCCUAAUACCGGUAGCAGUAUGUCCGGGCAGCCUCACGGUCCCUCGAACUCGAAAGCGUCCGCCUUGCGCGUGACCAUACCGAGCGAGUUGCAAGGUGUCGCGUAUAUCGAAGUGCUGUGUCAGAAAGAUAAAUGGCGCACGUUUGUUUCAGACCAAGAAGACUUGUGCAACGCGAAUAUAAGCUUGCUCAACAGCAGCACAAACAAUUCGAACGCCGACAUGCACUGGCAGCAGAAGUUGGAGGCUGCGCAGAAUGUUCUAUUUUGUAAGGAGCUGUUUAGUCAAUUAGCGCGAGAGGCUGUGCACCUACGCGCGCCUAUACCCCACAUGGUCGUCGGAAAUCAGAUAAUGGCCACUGUACUCCCGGGAAUUCAAUUGAUAAUCGGCCUGUGCCACAGCACAGGCAACGACAAGAAGCCCACGGCACCGCCGCCGCACAAAACGGAACACGAUCACGUAUUGGAGCACUCCCUGCAUCAAUUGUUGCGCGAGGUACAUUAUAACAAUAGCAAUCAUCCGUUUCCUCAUCCUGCCUCGGGACCUCUCGGGCCUAGCAAACGCCGAUACAUAGCCGGCCCCACCGCCGCCGACAGAUACGAGCUUCUAGAAAUGACGAAGAGUCAGACGCUGCUAGAACAAAUUAUCCAACAGGCGCAACACUUUUUCAUGCGUUUGCGCACAGAGUACGUGUUGGACACGAUAGCGAAGGAGGUGAAGGACCCGCUCAUCGUUUCGCAUUGGAACGUGUUAAACUCGCCGACGCAGUCCUGUGUAAAAAUAAAUAUCUUAACGCACGGAUACGACAGCGUGUGUCGGACGUCGAUGGUCGUUCAUGUCGGCGAAAAGUCGCUCAAGUGCGUGUGCCGGGACGGUAGAGUCAUGCACAUGAGUUACGAGCCUCAGGAGCUGAGGGACCUAAUUUUCUGUCAGAUUUAUCAGCAUCAAAUAAGCGCGGUGCAGGCUCUCGCCAAGUGUAUGGGCUGGCAGUUCUUAGCAAACAGCUCACACCUCGGCCUAGGCUCGGUGGAGCCUCUGGGAAACGCCAGUAGUUGUAUCCUAGCUUCACCGAUCGGCGACAGAAUGAUAGCUGUACGAUGCGAACCGCAAACGGGCGUGCAGGUCGCCAUUGCUCAUUCUCCGCGAAAGGACUUCUUCCCCGGUCAGCUUGUUCGAGAGAGAAAAUGGGAGAAUCUGGGAGGUUCCUUCAAAGAGGUCAGAUGGGACCAGAUGGAAGGGAAGAAUUUCCUCAACAAAAUGGAGUUACUCAUGUCUUCUUUAACAAGCUCUUAAGUGUUGCAAAUUACAGUCAAACUUUCGUAUAUUUUUUUCCUUUGGGACUGAAAAGAUCCUCUCUAUUUUUUUUACAUCUUUAAUUUGCACUUGUAUUCUAACGGCAUAGGACAAAAUUGCUAUUGCGCACAUGAGUCAAUUUAGAAUAGGAAAAAGAAACGAGCUUUUCGUUCCAAGUUGAUUAUAUGCAAAACGCAUUUUUAUUCUAUGCGCGCGCGAUCAAGAAGCAAAUGACGUGAAAUAAUAGAAGAGAGGAAAUUUGUUAAACUGAGAAAAUACAGGAAAUCUAUUCCGAUGAGAGAAAUAUACAAGAGUUCGACUGUAUCGGCAACCGAAUUUUUUUUAAAGAUAGAAUAGUUAAUUUUGUUUUUUAAGAUAGUUCAAUUAUCCAGAAAAUGCAAGAUGAUUUAUUCAUAAAAUGACUUUUGAUCUUGUCAAGAAACAGAAGUUUUGUACAAAUCUACUCUCGUUCCUUAUCUCUUCUAAUUAUUAAAAUUUUUUACUGCUAUUGAAAUUUUAUUUACGACUGUGAUUUAGGAUUAUUUGGAAUUACGUCAAUUAUUCAUCCGUAGAUGCCGUACUGAUAAAAAUUAUCAAUGAUUCAAAUACGUGGAAUAUAUAUGUAUGUAAGUGUAAAACUUCUGCAUACUUUAAAUUUGUAGGAAAAGAAUUAUAUAAUUCUUUAUAAAUUCACCUUCAUAGUGAACUAAUUACAUAACUGUAAUUAUUGUUAUCAUAUAUAUUAUGUUAUGUGAAACUGUGGUAUGUAUAGUUUUUACAUCUAAAGAGCAAUAACAGUAAUUUACAACUCUGGUAUUUUACAAAAACUGUUUUCACUACAGUGUUAUACGAAAUGAUAUAUGAUUUGGAUAAUAAACGAUUGCGAUGUGAUAA